AUGGCCAAACUCAACCUCUGGAAAUGUCGGGUUCAGCAGGGAAAUGCAGCCAGUUUUAGGAACUUGGAUUCUGCUCUCGCUGACAGUAACCUCGUCUCUGAUUUAAAGCAACAAAUAAUCACUCAUCUAAGUGACUUGAAAGUAGAAUUCAUCAGAUACUUCCCAGAUAUAGAUGACAAGCGUGAAGCCUGGAAAUUCAUCAGGAACCCAUUUCAAUGUGAAGAAGCUGAUGUUGCUGAUGAAGUCCAAGAAGAGUUCCUAGAAUUGAAGUUCAACUCUACAGCUAAAGAAGACUUCAAAGAUAUGGAUUUGGAGACGUUCUGGGUCAAAUACCUUCCGGUUUACCCUCUGAUCUCACAUCAGGCUCUUCGGAUUCUAACAAUGUUUGGAUCCACAUUAUCUAUGUGA